AUGCAUUUGGAUCUCUUGAGGUACUAUGCUCCAGCAUUAGGGUUUUUGAUGUUUGCAGUCGGAGUUAAUUCAAGCGAAAAAGAUUUUCUCAAAGCUUUCAGUAGACCAGCAGCCAUUAUUGCUGGCUAUAUUGGUCAAUUUGUUGUGAAGCCCCUUCUUGGGUACUUUUUUGGCACAAUUUCAAUGACUAUAUUCGGUCUUCCAACUUCCUCAGCUGCUGGGAUUAUGUUAACUUCUUGCGUCAGUGGUGCCCAGCUCUCCAAUUACGCCACUUUUCUAACAGAUCCUGAAAUGGUGCCACUUAGCAUUGUAAUGACGUCAAUAUCCACUGCCACCGCUGUUUUUGUGACCCCAUUUUUGUCCUUAUUGCUUAUCGGCAAAAAGCUUCCGGUUGACGUGAAAGGGAUGGUUUCCAAUAUCCUCCAAAUCGUGGUCACUCCUAUUGCAAGUGGAUUACUUUUAAAUAGGUUUUUUCCUAAUGUUUGUAAUGCCAUCCGACCAUUUCUGCCCCCGCUUUCGGUUUUCGUGACUGCUCUCUGUGUUGGUGCCCCACUUGCGAUCAACGUGGAGUCAGUGAUGUCGCCUUCUGGGGUUUCAAUCCUCCUGCUGGUGAUAGCAUUUCAUCUGUCGGCUUUCAUUGCGGGGUAUUCUCUCACGGGUCUCAUUUUCCGUGACUCCCCUGACAUCAAAGCUCUGCAAAGAACGUUAUUCUACGAGACAGGCAUGCAGAGCAGCCUUUUGGCUCUACCGCUUACAAAUAAGUUCUUUCAAGAUCCACUCGUCAGCAUUCCUCCUGCUAUUUCGACGGUAAUAAUGUCGUUGAUGGGAUUCUCUCUCGUAAUGCUCUGGGCCCACAGGAAACAAACUGCUCGCCAGUGA